GACUGUCGAAGCAGCCCAAUAAAAUCUGUCACUGAAUCCAGAAGACUAUCACCACCGUCCACUGCAACCGACAACUGACUUUUGUGCCAUUUCGGGAGAAUCGAUCGUGUAGGAAUCGGCACCGACUCCUUCAGUUCAUCAGGAGCUGCUCGUGCGCAAAAUUCCACGCAUUUCGACACGCAGCUCACAGCGUCGCUUCUUUCUCUACGUGUCCGAGCUGGUUUCACCCCCAUCCGCACUCUACAUCCUUCAAACGGCGUCUUUGAACCCCCGGAUCCGCCAUCAUGGCAACGACUUCUAGCGACGUGGAAAUCGCAGUCUCAGCCCCUGUACUCAAGACGCAGCGCUCACUUUCCAUGAACCAUGGACAAGGUCUGUCGUUAUCACUGCUGAGCAUGGAGGGCGGCGUGCUGAGCCAGGCGUCGUCGCGCUCUCACGAAGAAGUGACACGCGAGCUGCGUGUCGACACCAACCACGGACUUAGCGAGCUGGCAGUGCGCGAGCGACAGCGCGAAUGCGGGUUCAACGAGUUGGCAGGUGACGAGGAGGAGUCCAUCCUUAUUAAGUUCGCUGGACAGUUCAAAGACCCGCUUAUCAUGCUGCUCAUGGGCUCUGGAGUCGUGAGUGUAGCCAUGGGCCACACAGAUGACGCCAUCUCUAUCGCUGUAGCCAUCACCAUUGUGGUGACUGUGGCGUUUGUUCAGGAAUAUCGCUCCGAGAAGACACUGGAGGCUUUAAAGGAGCUGGUACCGCCGCGUUGUAAAGCUCUGAGAGAAGGAACCGUGGUGGAUAUGCUGGCCAAAGAGUUAGUACCAGGCGACAUUGUGAUAGUGGAUGUGGGAGAUCGCGUGCCAGCAGAUGCGAGGCUCAUUGAAGCUGUGGAUCUCGAGGUGGACGAGUCCAAUCUCACGGGCGAAAACGCACCUGUAGCCAAGAUCACGAACGCUAUUGCUGACAGCCACUUGCAUCCAGUUGCAGAGCGGAAGAAUGUGAUUUACAUGGGUACUCUUGUGCGUGCUGGUCGCGGCCGAGCUGUCGUGGUUGGAACAGGGUCUCGCACCGAGUUCGGACAGGUUUUUGAUGUGGUACACAACGUGGAGGAGCGCAAGACCCCAUUACAGCACAGUAUGGAUACACUGGGUAAACAUCUGAGUAUGUUUUCACUCGCUGUGAUCGCAGUGAUUGUGAUCAUCGGUGUUAUUCAACACAAAGGUAUACUAACAAUGCUGCAGAUCGGCGUGUCGUUGGCUGUGGCUGCCAUCCCCGAGGGUCUACCUAUCUGUGUGACUGUCACGCUGGCUUUUGGCGUCAUGAAGAUGGCCAAACGUCAUGCUAUUGUGAAGAAACUCCCUGCUGUCGAGGCUCUUGGCUGUAUCAACGUGGUUUGUGUGGACAAGACGGGUACGAUUACGACCAACAAGAUGGAAGUGAUCGAGAUUUUUGUCCCGUUCGAGAGUGUGACAGCCGAAGUAAACGGCGUUGGUGAGCGAGAGCGAUCACCCUCGCAGGUUUCAGAGCUCGAGAUGACGAAGAGCGCUCAAUCAGCCGUGACUAUGCGUGGAGAGCCUGUUACAGAGACGUAUCACCCUCACGUUUACCACUGCUUGUUGUCUGGCGCGCUGUGUAAUAACGCGACUAUUGUGGACCGAGAAGUGCUGGGUCAGGCCACAGAGGGUGCUGUUCUGCUGUGUGCGCAGAAAGUGGGGAUCACUCCAGCAGUCAUUCAGCAGUUCCGUCGUGUCAGUGAAGUGCCGUUCAGCUCGGAAAAGAAGUGGAUGGCUGUGUGUUGCGAGCCCCCGUCGGGUGGCCCAUCGCGUUGGUACCUAAAGGGCAUGACGGAAGCUAUUCUGUCACGCUGUGACAAGAUUGAGGACAACUGUGGACGCGAGAAGGACAUGACGCCAGGUGACCGUGAACGGAUCUUCGUGGCGUCCCAGCAGAUGGCAGCACGUGGACUACGUGUGUUGGCACUGUCCUUCGGUGAGCACUCGGAUCGUGGUAUGGUGUUCGCUGGACUAGUUGGAAUCUCGGAUCCGCCUCGGGCUGAGGUUGAGAAGUCUGUGCUUGAGUUGUCACUUAGUGGAGUUAAAACGAUCAUGCUGACGGGCGAUUCGAAGGAGACAGCGAUUGCUAUUGCGACGAAAGUUGGCAUCAUUUCGAACGACAACUUCGGUAGUGUGGACUGCGACGAUGAGAGGAGCAAAGCAGUGGACGAGCUGGUGAUUUCUGGUCAGGAACUGGAGAUCAUGGACAUGGUCGAACUGGAACAGCGCAUCUUGAAGACGUGUGUGUUUUAUCGUACGUCGCCGCACCACAAGCUGAAGAUUGUGCGAGCGUUGCAACAGGCUGGAUUGAUGGUGGCGAUGACUGGCGAUGGUGUGAAUGACGCACCUGCUCUCAAGGCCGCAGACAUCGGCAUCGCUAUGGGCACGAACGGCACGGAUGUGUCGAAGGAGGCAGCUGAUAUGAUUCUACUGGACGACAACUUCAGCACGAUCUUGUGUGCGAUGGAAGAAGGAAAGUCGAUCUAUCACAACAUCAAGCACUUCCUGCGUUUCCAGCUCAGUACGAGUAUCUCGGCUCUCUGUUUGAUCGCCUUUUCGACGCUGUUCAACCUCCCGUCUCCGUUGAAUGCCAUGCAGAUUCUGUGGAUCAACAUAAUCAUGGACGGACCUCCAGCUCAGAGUCUUGGUGUGGAGCCUGUAGAUCAUGAUGUGAUGAAGGAAGGUCCUCGCUCCAAAGACGCCAGUAUUAUCACACGUACGAUGAUACGUCGGGUGCUAACGUCAGCCUGCUUUAUCGUGUGCGGCACGCUCUACGUCUUCUGGGUGGAACUCAGUGCUGACGGCACGAUCAGCAAGCGAGACCGGACCAUGAGCUUCACGACGUUCGUCAUGUUCGACAUGUUCAACGCGCUCUCGUGUCGGUCAGACGACAAGUCCAUCUUGGAGAUCGGCAUCCUCUCCAACACGUUCUUCGUGUACGCAGUAGGUGCGUCACUUCUAGGCCAGUUGCUGGUCAUCUACUUCCCUCCACUUCAGGCAACGUUCCAGACUGAGGCGCUUACACUUGGUGACUUGCUGUACGUCUGCUGCAUCGCGUCUAGUGUGCUGAUCUUCGAUGAGAUCCGCAAGUGGUGGCAAGUCCGUAAGCUCCGUGGAGCUAUGCGCUCUGCAUCUAUCGCAGCAGGUUUCAAGCCAAAGAAGAGAAAACAAUCGUGGGACAACGACGCAAAGGCUUUCGAUACUGUGUAAAUCAAGGAAAAUAGCGAAGCCCUUGUGUAUUAUGCUGUUGCUCCACUCUUGCACAAAGAUGCCGUGAGAAAUCGAGCAAUAGACAGAGCAUGUUCGCUUUACCUGCUGGUCAAAUAACUUAUCCUUUUUCUACCUCCAGAUCUGCCGAGCAAUUGUUUCCACGCGCUGCAGAAUGUCAAGCCCCACGAGUGCCACACCACACGGCACGUUAGCAGGGAACGCAGCUUCACUGCAAUCGGCGUAGUAGUUUCUAGCCGCUGCAAGGUCUCUGGGAACACCAUCGCCCGUCAGCAGCAUCAAGCCGCAGUUGUAGCCAGCCUGUGCGUCGCCCAGCUCUGCUGCGAGUUGAUAACGUUCCAAUGCUCGCGUGUGGUUGCUCGGACACACACCGAUCCACGGCUCAUGGAAGCAUGUACCAGUCUUCCGUACAGCCUCCGAGUCGUUCAACGCCGCUGCUUGUGAGUACAAGGCAAAGGCUUCAUGCAGCAGCGGAUUACUCGAGUCUUCUACUGCCGCUGCAAGUCCAAGCCAACGCCACUUGAGGAUAGUCUGGCCGUGGUGUUCGAGCAAGAAGGCAGCAUUGCACUGUCCGUCUUCAUCCCCCAGUUCAGCAACGAGUCGGUAGUGCAGAUACGCACGCAGGUAGUCUCCUUUCUUGUAGCAUUCAUACGCUUUGAUGAGCGAGAACGGGAGUCCAGAAAUGAGAUCGGGAUGCAAUGCCACCGCGCGGAACAGCGGCAGAGCUGUGUGGCAAGAGCGUGGAGUGCCGACGCCUCGAAAGUGCAUGACGCCCAAGUUGAAUAACGCUUGACUUGACUGUCCGUCUGUGCCAUCCACUGCCGCCUGGAAGUGGUAAAAAGCCUCUUUGUAAUCGAUAGGCACACCGCCGUCACCAUGGAGGUAUACCGAGCCCAAAAACGAGUGCGACUCAGCGUAUCCUAGCGCAAUGGCCUCUUCAAAGUACCCGAGAGCACGGGUGACAUUCUGGGGCACGCCAUUUCCAGUAAAAUACAGCACACCGAGACCGUGGAACGCAAACGCUUGAUUCUGACGAGCAGCGCGGUUGAAAUACACCAGCGCUUGCGGUACGUCUCGAUCUACACCCAUACCAUUAGCGAGGAGCAUACCAUAGUUAGCUUGAGCCAGCGGAUCUCCAGCUUCGGCUGCUUGGCGGAAAUAUUGCGCUGCCAGCCCAUGGUCCGCUGCGACGUGAGCUGCUUGAUUGCCGAAAAAGUAGAUUUCUCCAAGACGCUGCAUCGCCUGAGGAUGCUGUUCAUCCAUUGGGUUGUUCGCAAUCCCGCGGUAAUAUUCCAACUCGUGCAGAGCUUCGUUCUCGUCGUGAAGCGGAUCAGUGACUCCAAAGCCGUACUCGUUGAAGUAUCCGCCUCCAUUGGGGUCCAAUAUUUCGUCCGAGAGACGAACAAUCUCUACGGGACGCUCACCGCCUUCAUCGACAAUAAUAUGCACAUUUUCCUCCGCACACUUGUGGAAUAACGGCAGAGCUGCUUCACACAUCGCGUCUGGGCCAGUGGUCUCUGCUGCAUCCUUUGUUGACACUGGAAUUCUUCCGGACAAAGUACCGUACGCUACAGCCAUUGUAGCCAUAAAGUCUUUGGCAUCUGAUAAACCAGACAACGCCUUGUCAGCUCGUGCUCGUCGUUCUUGUCGAGAAAGUGGCAUUAUACUCGGGUCUUCUAAUUCCUCGGGGUCUGGGACACCAAUUAGAUCCAGCAUUGCUAAGACUCCAAGUGCUGACUGCACUCCAGCCUCUGCUGCGACGUUGAGGUUGUGUAUAGCAUCUAUAAAGGCCUGCUCGUCGGACGACUCCGUGUUGGGUUCGAAUAGCUGCAUGAACGACAACUUCGUCACUGCGAAAGCCCAGUCACCCUCAGUCUCAGCGUCACCAGAACCCUCACGACUGCUUGCAAUCUUUACCAACUUAUCUACUACUUCUGGAGUGUGUCCUUCCUCUGCAAUGCGAUCUUCCAGCGCCAGAAAAGCGUCGGACGCUUCAAGGAACAACUGAGACGAACUGACAGUCUCCCAGUCCUCGUAGGAUGCGUCCUCCUCCACACUGAGAAAGCCCUGUGCAUUAAUUGGUACGUCCUCUGGUUGCUGCUGUGAAAUGAGCGCGGGUGCGGUGCUCUCGGUCUCGUCGUGCACGAUCCUCCAGCGUACGUUCUCGUCCCUUUGGAUCUGUGUCCUGCCACCUACAGAGGGAGAUGAAACCCCCCGCUUGUUCGAUAUGGAGCCGUCCGGCUGGACUUCCCACGAAGCAAUAUUUUGUUUUUCUAUGCGGUCUGUGGACGGCGCUGGGGAAGGAUUUGUCGGGUUAUCUUCUGUGAGAACCUGUUUGUGCUGUUUCUUGGACUGUGAGGAGGAUACCGAGGCAGCGGCGGUCGCAAUCACAACGGCGUGGAUCAGCGCGAUUGAGUAGCGGUGGAUUUGAACCAUGGUAAGUCGUGGCCAGCGUGCAGCGAGGUCAACACGCAGCGAGGAAGCGACUCGAUAUGCAGAUCGCCACGUGUGAUCUGACCUGCUCAAUAUGAAUCGUAAUUGCUUUGAAGAGGGAUUGACAGAUUGGCGGUGGGGAUUGGUGAAAUUUGGUGAAAUUUGAGUUAGGUUUUGACGAAUCCGAUUGCGGAUCCCAUGUAGCC